ACCGUUCGUGGUUCGCCCACAUCGGUAUUAACAUGAAGAAGUAGGGGGAACAUGGCUGAGCCGCAAACUGAGUGGUUCCGGAAUUAAAUCGUUGUCAGGUUCUGUUUAGGAUCCGCGUGACAUUUCCUUGAUGAUGUGGUCGUUUGGAUGGACAGCAAGAGCUGGUCUCAAAACUCCGAGUCGCGUGAAACUGUGUCGUAAGAGGGCGGAGUGGAAAGGAGUCUACGGUCGCAAGCAGGGGCUCUGCACAUCCAGCUCGUGUUCGCCACGGACAGCUCCGUGGAGGCUCAUGUUCUUCGGCACCGAUCAAUUCGCUUUGGAGUCCCUGAAACUCCUUUCAUCCAGCAGGAAAUCCAGUGAAGCCCUAGUGGAGACCCUUGAGGUUGUGACAUUGUCUCAGGACGUUCCUGUGAAGAGGUUUGCCCAGCAGAACCACCUUCCACUCCACAACUGGCCCCCCGUCAUCGCAGAAGGGCAGUUUGAUGUUGGUGUCAUCGUAUCUUUUGGCUGUUUGCUCCACCAAAGAAUUAUCAACAAGUUUCCAUAUGGGAUUUUAAACGUUCACCCCAGCCUGUUGCCAAGGUGGCGAGGUCCAGCACCAGUCUUCCACACCAUCCUGCAUGGUGACACAGUGACGGGAGUAACCAUCAUCCAGAUACGUCCUCACAAGUUUGACGUUGGUCCCAUUCUCAACCAGGAGCUUUAUCAGGUACCAGAAAACUCCACUGCUGACGAGCUUGGAGCUGCGCUAGCUGUUAAAGGAGCUCAUCUACUGAUCGAUACAUUGAGGAAACUCCCUGAGAGAAUUGAGGUGAAACGGGAGCAAGGGCAUGCAGGUGCAACAUUUGCCCCUAAAAUUAACACAAACAUGAGCUGGGUGUUUUGGGAGGAACAAACCUGCAAUCAAGUUACUCGUUUGUAUCGUGCAAUUGGAUCACGGAUACCUUUGAGAACUACAUGGAGGGGCAGAACAGUGAAACUUUUAGAUUUUGUUGGAAAGUAUCACGUUUCAGAUCAAAGACAUCAGACCCCUGGAUCUGUGUUCUAUGACAAAGGUUCCUGUACGCUGGCUAUCUGUUGUAAGCUGGACAUCGGUAGCCUGACGAUCUCCCCAUGCUACAGGACAAUAAACAACGUGACGUACUCACUGCAGUGGAUGUCAGUAAACGAGGCAGCUGUUGAAGAAGGAUGGUUGGGUGGGCUUCAAAGCUGUACUCCUGAACAAAAGACUCACAGCAGCUGAUUUCUAUAAUGGAUAUUUGCAUCAAACGUUUCAAAAGAACUCACCCAGCUGUACAGCUGAAGAGCGCUUUGUCAGUCCAAAAGAAGAAAACAAGGAGCUUCACAAGAGUGAGAAGUCACUGAGAUGCAGAAACACAUUUCAUACUUAGCAUAUGAGUAAAAAUAUAAGAAUUAUGGACUUCAACCCUCUGUUUUGGGUUUUUGUAUUAUAUUCAUACCUGUAAUAAAAAUUGUUGAAUAAGAAA